ACACAAACAGAAGGGCCUCCUACACCACUGGUUUGUUUGUUUUUGUCUUGUAUAUUUGGGAUGAAUAUGCAGUCUUGUACAUGCUAGACUCAUGCCCUGCCAGUAAGCUCCACCCCAGCUGCUGCUAAACCUCUUGGGAUAUGACGGUCUUCCUUAUUUCUGUGAUGAGAAGACAAAACAAAAAACAAACAAAAAACAGGCAAAAAAAAAAACCACAAAAGUACCUAGUGGUGAUGGAGUUGUCUAAUAUUUGAAGCAAAUCUCCCCUGUGCAGGAGUCAGGCUUGUCGCCUCUGUUCUCUUAGGAUCUUUGCAGGGCCUAAAUAUUGAAUCUGUGUCGCAUGAUCAGUAGCAUGUAGCUGCGUGCAAUGGGAGUCUUAUGUGGCAAGGGAGAUCCAUAAGGAAAGGAAGAGCAGAGAGGGAAAACUGACAGACUGUUACCAGCUGUGAGAACAGGACGAAGGCGAGGGAGUUGGCCUCAGGUGGUGGGUGGAGUGGGAAAAUGACCAGGGGAAAAAGACGGGCGAGCACAGCAGGCUUUGCGUGGUUUCCACAGGAAGCAGGGCGCUUGCUCAUUUUGUGUGGGAACUUUGUCUCCUAAACUUAAGAAGUACUUGUUUUUAUUUUAUGUUGUGAAUGCACAUAUGUAUACCACAUGCCUGCCUGAUGCCCACAGAGGCCAGAAGAGGGCUCCAGAUCCCUGGAACUGGAGUUGCAGGUGGUACACGGAUGUGGAGACGCUGGGAACGGGACCCGGGUCCUCCACAAGAGCAGUCAAUGCUCUUAACCACUGAACCAAAUCUUCAGUCUGCUUGUCUCCUGCUUUUAAGAGUAUGAAAGCUAAAGAAAUCUUGCCCCUCUGAUUGUCAAGUGCAUUAGGUCCCAAAGAGUGGCAUUUGAUGGCGGUGUGCUGUGUCCUAAACAUGACUGCUCCUAACUACUAUUUCUUGUACUUGCUGUCCUCUCUGCUAUCUAGGUUUUACCUUUGUCUUCUAAUCUAGAAAGGGAAGUUAAAUGUGGUUGUCCUUUUGACCAAGAUCUCCCAAUUGCACUUAGGCUUGUCCCAUCAGCCUGUCUGGUGUCUUGGAUGGGUUAUGCUGUGUGGGAACUCUGGUGACAGGCCAGUGAUGUGUGGGUGGUGAAAGAAUUCAAGACAAGGCAAAACAAAGACAGGAAUAGAAUUUAUUAGAUACACCCUGGCGUAAGUAUAGCGAGCAAGACAGUAGAGAGACACUCUCUACACAAAGGCGUUCUAGGGACUAUAGUUAUAUGUGGAUUCUAUUGAAGCCGGGUGUCAACGAGACUGUGCCCUUGUUAUUUAGGGCUUAUCGGGUGGAUGUCUGUGUGGGGCUCAUAUCUGGAUGUGUCAUUAUUUUGCUUUCUGGUGUGGGUUAUCUCUCCAUGGGAUUGGCUGUCUGUGUCAUGAGUCACUAAGGGUCUAACUCCUGACGGACUGAGCAGCUCAUUAAAGCCUAGGACUCUCUGCAGUGUGUUCUGAAGGUCGAAAACAGAUUGCAGCUAACACACUCAUUAAAGCUAACCCUUUCUGGUCCUACGGGGGAGGGGGUAGCAGGGGGCCUUGCUCUGUGCCACGGCCUGUUUUGAGAAAGCAGCCCUGUUCUGUGGUUAGAAGAGUUUGGCAUAGCCAUUCAUCCCAGAAUUACAGCCACAGCUUAGACCUGUUUCAGGGGUCAGCAAGCCUUGUUGUUUCUCCUGGUGGUCUGCAAAAUGGAGAAGACCCAGGACUAAGCAGCGCAUGGUGGGGGAAGUGGGGAAGCAGCUAUGGCAGACCCUUGGCAACGGCACAGAAAGCACACCAAGUUUCCCUUCCUUCCUUCUGCUUGCCUGUAUGGAGGUGGCACAGCUGAGAGGCUAGGCUGACUGCAUCCACCCCACAUUCCACCCUGGCAGAGUAGGGCCUGGCUCUUCCCAGGCACCAUCCUGCCCUCCCUCCACUGCCAAAUUCGGAGACUUGGAGCAGAUGGGUCCAAACAGAGUUGUGGGAUGGUACACAGAACGGACAUGGUUUAGGCUGCCAAGACUAGACAAAAUACGGGGGAUGCGGCUAAGGAUUUGGCAAAGCCGAAGGAAGAGUGUGGGAUGGAACGAGAGAACCUGAGAAAGGAUCCUAAGAAAGUCAACACCACGGCAAGAAAAAGACCCAUGAAAGACAUUUCCAAAUGUCAUCUACCAACAUGUCUGUAAAUCUUGUCUCUGCUAUCCGUGAUGCUUGGUCUCGGUCUCCCACUGACUGAACUGAGGAGGUCAUCUGAACUGGUGAAAGUGGACGCAUCUCCAGAAAGGAUCGACGUGGGGGGCAAUGGCACAGCUUCCGGGCGGGCAACACCUUGGUCCUCCCAGAUGAAGGGGCCCAGGUCAGAGCAGGGCUCUAUCUGUUCCUCUCUCCCCUAAACAAGUGCAGCUUUUGCUGCUGUAAUCUCUGCUGCUUCCAGACUCCAGCCUCUUGGACUUUCUUCAGCCGCUCUUCAGGGCACAUCCAGUCUCCCAGCCAGACCAGGACUGUUGAAGUGUUUUCCUGGACCGGAACGUUCCCAGGCUCUCCGGCUUGCAAACGGCCAUCAAUAACUACUUCACCCCCCUUACUUGAAAGACUCCGGAAGAGGCACUGCAGGCAGAAUAGUGCUCUAAAGAAGCCGUGUAGAGAAUGACUUUCACGUCCGGCGUUUCCACUGAAGCCCCUGUUCUUGCUGCUCUGCAGAAUGAAGAUAUUCAGAUGUUGCUAUAAAUACACACUCCAGCAAAAGCUCUUCGUCCUCUUCUUAACGCUAUGGCUGCUCUCCUUGUUAAAGCUUCUAAAUGUGGGCCGGCUCCUCUUCCCUCAAAGAGACAUUUACUUAGUUGAAUAUUCCCUAAGUACCUCCCCUUUUGUGAGGAACAGGUUCCCCCCUAUCCAGGAUGAAGCCAGGUAUGAAGUUAACUGCUCGGGGAUCUAUGAGCAGGAGCCUUUGGAGAUCGGCAAGAGUUUGGAAAUCCGAAGACAAAACAUCAUCGACCUGGAGGAUGGUGAUGUUGUGGCGUUGACCAGCGACUGUGAUGUUUAUCAGACCCUCAGACGGUACCAUGAGAAGCUUGUUUCGAGAGAGGAAAAGAGCUUCCCCAUAGCCUACUCGCUGGUUGUCCACAAAGAUGCGAUUAUGGUUGAGAGGCUAAUUCACGCCAUUUACAACAAGCACAAUCUUUACUGCAUCCAUUAUGACCUGAAGUCACCAGACGAGUUCAAAAUCGCCAUGAACAACUUAGCUAGGUGCUUCUCCAAUAUCUUCAUCGCGUCCAGACUGGAGGCUGUGGAGUACGCCCACAUUUCCAGGCUGCAGGCUGACUUGAAUUGCCUAUCAGACCUACUCAAAUCUUCAGUUCGGUGGAAGUAUGUCAUCAACCUGUGUGGGCAAGACUUUCCCCUCAAGUCCAACUUCGAAUUAGUGUCGGAGCUGAAAAAACUCCAAGGCCAGAAUAUGUUAGAGACGGUGAAACCUCCUACUGGCAAAAUGGAAAGGUUCACGUACCAUCAUGAGCUCAGACCGGUGCCUUAUGAAUACAUGAAGCUCCCAGUAAGGACAAACAUCUCCAAGGAGGCUCCACCUCAUAACAUUGAGGUGUUUGUAGGCAGUGCCUACUUUGUUUUAAGUCAAGCAUUUGUUAAAUAUAUCUUUAACAGUUCCCUCGUUGAAGACUUUUUUGCCUGGUCUAAAGAUACAUACUCUCCUGAUGAACACUUUUGGGCUACCUUGACCCGGAUACCAGGAAUACCUGGAGAAAUUUCAAGAUCGGCCCAGGAUGUGUCUGACCUACAGAGUAAGACCCGCCUGGUCAAAUGGAAUUAUUAUGAAGGCUUCUUCUAUCCCAAUUGCACUGGCUCGCACCUUCGAAGUGUGUGUAUCUACGGCGCUGCAGAAUUACGGUGGCUUAUAAAGGAAGGGCAUUGGUUUGCUAAUAAAUUUGAUUCUAAAGUGGAUCCCGUCUUGGUUAAAUGUCUAGCAGAAAAACUUGAAGAACAACAGAGAAAGCUGACUACUUUGUCUUCACAAAAGCUCAUCACAGGUAGAAAACCCAAAGUCAUACGCUAUCGUAAGAGCACCAUGGAGCUGGGAAUGUCUAAUACAAAGAGUUAAGAUGGAAUUGUGGACCCAAGCCGUGCCCAACACCAUCGGAACUUAAUGCUUUCCGAGGUUGAACCUUCUCUAGAAUUCCAUGCAUGGACUUUGAGCCUGCAGUUGGUUGGUUUUUAAAUGCUGGUUUUGCUUGUUCUCUUACUAAGUCAGAGAUCUUAAAUGUUUAGUGACAUCAUGUUUAUUGAGCACCUGACAGUGCACGGGCACUUUAUGGAAAGACGUGCAGGAAUUAAAUUCAAGUCGUAGUGAAGUGUGCCCUCGGGAAGCAGUGCUCACCCUCCUAACGUGGCAACUGUAGUGUUUUCAUGUUUCCCAUGUGGCAAUGAGGGUGCUAUUGGAGAGGACUGUGGAGUAUGUGCUAAUAUCAGCCACUAGCCUCUGAUAGGGUGUGAGUGCGAGGCCAGCUCUCUACCUGUUUCUUAGCCCAGCAACCGAGACUCAUUUGAACUGUUAGACUAAUAGGAUUCCACUACCUCAGAGAAACGCAAAGAAUUGUCUGGUCGCCUGCUUGCCAAAGUGUAACUUACCUUUCGGUGCCUCACUUUUUGAUUCAGGGCGGACGGGAUGCUGCUGGUGUGAUAUUCGUCGGGUAUGAUUGCCUGAGAAGGCAGAGGGUUGGGCGGUAGGUGGGUUGGGACAGGUAAUGUCCGAAGAGGAGCAAAGGGCCUCUUUACUCAUCUUUUGCACAAUGGUGUCAUGAAUGACUGUCUUUUUAACUCAUUUGUUCUUUAAAGCACACAUACUAAUGAAAAUCAAACUGACUACUAGUUCAAAAUGUCACCCAGCAGAACCCCAGGCCUAAGCUAGGUUGAUAGGUUGUCAUUGUGGGUGUGAUGGCGUCUUUGCCACAAUGGCACGCUCCUGAUGGACUUGCUAGUUCUGUCUUACAUAACUAAGCCAGGGAGUUAUGGUGAUUGCUUACACAUUUUUCUUUUUCAGCAAAAAGGAAUCCAAAUUCAAUUCAAAAUGAUAAACACUCCAAGUUAGUAUAGCGUUUUUCUCAACCCAGCACCAAAGGGGGUAUUUUUUUUUAUUUUACAAAUACUAGCACUUAAGACAAUCAUUUAACGCGUACACACAGAUAAGUUUCAGAGGAACUGGAGGGUGUCCUGGCAGUUAAGAGCUCUUAACUGCUGCUCUUGCAGAAGACCCAAUACCAGGUGGCUCACAACUGCCUGUAACUCCAGCUCUAGAGAAUACAGUGCCCUCUUCUGGCCUCCAAGGGCACCUAUGCCCAUCUGCAUACACACACACACACACACACACACACACACACACACACACACACACACACAUAAAGAUAAAUUAUACGUUUUUAUUGAGUUUGAGUUUUGCAGAGAACUUGCCCAGGUCUGUGGGUGGGUGAGGCCUGAAGGAGCUAUCCUUCCGCUCUCCCUGGUCUUCUGUGCACUGAGCACACGGAUACUUGCGGCUUCCUCACAGGUUUUUGUGCAACUCCAGGGAAAUGCCACAUACAGCGGAGAGAAACGUUGAAAUAUCAGUGUGGUGUGAGGAUAAGACAAGCGCAGGUCCCAGCUCCGCUGUGAGACUUACAGAGAGGCCUCUGCCGUGAGGGAACCUCUGUCACCAAAUUCAGGUCUGAGAAAAAGCCCUGCCAGGGCAUGGGAGUUUCUUCUACAGCCAGUAGCAUUGACAUGCUGGCUGACUGGUUUACACAGGGAAUGAGGAUGAGAGAUACUUCACUAGCCAUCCAGGGUCAAACUCCAAAGGUCUUGGAAGAAAACGAAACAAACAAACAAACAAAAAACAAUCCCUUUUUGUCUUUAUGACUUUGGUCAAACAGAAUGUAAGUACAACAGAAGAGAAGCAACUACGUGGCCCCUUGUCUUUCUGAAGAGAAAGGCCCGCUUCCUGUUUAUUAGAAAGUGGACGUGGUCAGACAAAGAUGUGGCAAUGCCUUCCUUUCUCUGGGGACAUGCUUCUCUGAACCCAGAAACAUUAGCUGCUCAUGUUUUGGGGAGCUUGCCAAAGCACAGGCUCUUGUCUUGGGAACCCUGCAGGUUCCCUGUUCGCCUUCAGAACUGAUUCUUACAAAAACCUUUAGCUAUACAAGCCCGUCCCCAAUCUGAGACUGUUCAACACUGCUUUGUAAUUGUUCUUUGUAGAGUAUUUAUUGAAUUUAAACUCUAAUUUACUCCAAGAUGAGAGUUUACAAAUUAUGUGUGAAUAUUUGAAGAAUAAUGAAAGCCGUCACAAUAUAUUAUGUGAACAAGCUACUGUACCAUAGAUGUGUGUGUGUGUACUGAAAAGCCAGAAUUGCUAUUUUUGUUUUACCUAUCUUAAAUAAAAAUGUCAUUGAAAGUUAAAAUUUCAGGGCUGGAGA